UAAGUUCUCGCUCAGCAGACAAGAAGGUCACUUUUCCUGCUAUAGAGAAUAUUGAGAGCAUUAGACAGGAUGAAGACUACGAGCGAGGAGAUGCUGCAAAGAGACAUGUACUCAUUUGAUAUAUCACAACUUGGGUUUGUUCUUACGGAGCCAUUGAUGGACCUUCCGGAAUACUACCAGAUAUGGAUGGAAAUAGCCCAUAACAUUUGCCACCUGAUUAACACACAUCAACUACGCAGUGUGGUUCAAAAGAUGCCCAUGCUGAGCAUAAAUCUUCUCAGUAGCUAUCGAGAGCUAAGGCUAGCCCACCUGGCGCUGGGGUUCAUCACCAUGGGCUAUGUAUGGCAGGAAGAGAAAAACCCUGCCCAGAGACUUCCCAAAGCCCUCGCUGUCCCCUUCACGCUGGUUUCCCGUAAGCUGGAUCUCCCAGCCAUCCUGACGUACUCUGACUGUGUCCUAGCCAACUGGAAGCUGAAGGACCCAGCGGGGGAUUUGGAACUGAAGAACAUGGAUUUAAUUCUCAAUUUCCCUGGCAAUGAGAGCUGUCGGGGAUUUCUAUUGGUGUCGUGGAUUGUUGAGAAGGCUGCGGUAUGUGGCCUUAAGGGUAUCCUGGCAGUGAGAAUGGCCAUGGAAGAGCACGAUGAGACCGGGCUGCUAAAGGGUCUCAACGAAAUAGCCGCGUCAUUGAAACAGAUGAAGAAAGAAUUGAACCUCAUGCACGAACAUGUCAAUCAAACCGAAUUCUUUGGAACAUUGCGGAUAUUCUUCUCAGGGUGGAAAGACAACCCUCAGCUGCCAAACGGGCUGGUCUACGAAGGCGUUAACGACGAGCCUGUGUAUUUGUCGGGCUGUAGCGCGGCCCAGAGCUCAGCGGUACAGAGCUUCGACGCCAUCCUGGGCGUCCAGCAUGAGGAGAAGUCAGUGGCCUUCCUGAGGCGCAUGCGUCUUUACAUGCCCCCGGGCCACAAAAAGCUGAUCGAGACCCUGUGUAAGCCCCCUUGGCUCAGGGACCUGGUGGUCCCCAGCCCUCCGCUCCACCAGGCGUACAACGCCUGCGUCUCGGCCCUGGAGGACCUGAGGACCUUCCACCUGUGUGUCGUGGCCAAGUUCAUCAUCAUCCCGGGUGGCCAGGCGCGGGCCACUGCCGGCCGCUGCCCGCUCAGCGGUGGGGGCUCGGGUCUUGGUCUGGGCUCCACCGGCACGGGAGGGUCCAACCCCAUGUUAUUCCUCAAGAGCGUCAGGGACGCUACCCAUAAUGCACUUAUCCCGUGUCCCUCACUGGGGGAGAGGAUCUUGCCAUUAAGUAUGUGUGACAGGAAUUAAUGAACGCGGGGGUGAUGAUGGUAACAGCCCGGAGUGGUUUGUUCCGCUUGUACCACAGUUUAGCACGAUUAUAUUCUUUAGUCUACAAAAUGAUUGUGUUUAUUUAUAUAUAUAUAUAUCAGCUUACAUUUUUAUACCCAAUAAUAUUAUAUCAGGGGGAGGGGGCUUAAAAAAAGUUGUAUUUAGUUGUUUGAUAACCACUUUAUCUAAGGGCAGUAGCACUUUCCAAUAAUUGUCUUUUUGUAGUAGAGCACAUACUAUUUCAAAAUUAUUAAAGAUUGUCAAGUGUGUAUAGUGUCAACUUCAGCAGUUAAUCAUACUUAUUGUGCUGGUGAAAAUGGUUCUCUCCAUCUGUAUAUCGCAUUGCUUUUUUGCUGAUCUGAUCAAUUGAAUGGUGCUGCAUUUGUUCAAAUUGUCGCUAAAAAGCGUCAUUCACAUUUUCACUUAUUUUUAUUCAUCAGUCAAACACUUCCACAUUCUCUUUAUCGUUUGGGGCUUUGUCAUGAUUGGAUGUAAACAUAGUAGGUGAUCCAGAGAGAAGUUAUUGACUAUUUACACAAAUUUUAACUAAAAGUCACAAAAAAUGUAGCUGCAUGUGUAAAAAACG